GUAACCUCCCCUUCGUCUUGUCUCCUACCCUCUUGCCGCUACGUGCUUAAACAAUGUGCUGCGUGCUUAACACUAUAUCACCACAUUCAUAUCAUCAGCUGAUAAUAAUACUCCUAUAAAACAAGUACGAGUGGUACCCUCCCGCAGCUGCACGAAUCACGGGCUUAUGUUGGCUAACAAACGCAUCUCUUUUGCCAUUCCGAAGCAAAGGCGCGGCAGCUCGCUCGCUCUCGCCUUAACCUCCUUCCUUCCAAAGGCAAGCAAAGCAAGGCAAAGCAAGCGAGAGCGAGAGCGAGAGCGGGGGGGGGAGAGGGAGAGCGAUGGGAGGAGACCUGCAGCGGCGGGGCGGCGCCGUGCGGUUCAGGAUGCCGCGGCGCCGGGCGCUGGCGGCGGGGCCGCCGCUGCUGCCCGGGGCGGCGGCGCAGGGGGAGCGCAGGAGGAAGAAGAUGGCGGUGGCGCGGCUGGGCGGCGGCCGCGGGGGAUUCUUCGGGGCGGUGCGCCGGCUGCGGAUGCGGUGGGUGGCGGCGGCCUACCGGCGGGCGCUGCGCCGGCUGCGCGCCUUCUACGCCCGGACGCUGGAGGACCUCCUCGAGGGCGCGGCGGCCGUUAGCAUGAUGCAAUCCAACUACGCCGGCGCCGACUGCUCCUUCGGCACCGCCUUCGCUCCCGCCGUCACCGUCGGCAACCGCUACUGACGCCGGCCCCCCGCGCCGAGCGAGGAUCUGAUGGAGCGGGAGAUCGAGCACGUCGUCCGUGUGUAGUGGUACUCGUCUCGUGCUUGACUCAGCUGCUUGGGAUCGAUCGACGUUCUACCUCCUUGAUCUGUACGUGUACGUACGUAUAAACUCUGUUGUUUAAGUUAGCUAGCAUGUUACUGCUGCUGCUACUUAAUUUCUGAAUCAAAGGACAGGCGAUGAUGAUAAACUAAACGAGGAAAGAAAGAAUCAAAUUUCUUUUCCUUCGUUCGAGUCUUGUUCAACUAUGCGUUCUUUAUCAGAAAUUCAUCAUACGUAGCUCAUACUGCACAUAUUGUAUCGACCAAAGUUCCUAUUAAUUAAUACUUGAUCUCUUCUUCACAA